UACUUGAAUAUACGAACUCCGCAAGGUGACUUGAUGAUUACAUGUUUUUAUAGAUUGUCUGGUAUGAUCAUUAUUUUUGUUGUCGGAUGGUGCAGCUUUGUUUGGAUUUAAAAAAAUAAAAAUAAAAAAUGAAUUUUGAAAGAAAAAAUUAUUGUAUUGAAGAAACAUCACCAAUUAUAAAUAUGAAAUUAUUCGUGUUAGCCAUUAUCCUGUUCCCGUUAUUGCUACUCUCGUGCAAACAGGAUACCUAUUGGGAAAGGUUCGGAUAAGCCGCGCGCGUCUUGCAAGAUAUGCUGCUACAUGUAACUUAGCAAAACAUGGGACUCAGCACCUUGGCUGGCGGCACGUGGCGGUGUCUUGCGAUCUUUGACGCAAAGCCUUCCCCCUCCAGUGACCUUUCCUAAUGUUCAGAAAAAAGCCAAGACAGCAAAUAGAUGGAGAGCAGGGGAAUCCAAAAUCCGCCGGGGUUCGAUCGACUUCUUCUCGGAGGCGCGAUGAUGGACGAAGGAAUCGGAAAGCCUCCCCUGAUUCCCAGUAUCCACUCUACUGAAGAACUUAGCCCAAGUAGGGUUGAAUUGAACAAGAAAAGGAAGCUACAGUAUGAGCUCGAUGAUUUGGGUUUGCCAUCACCUAAGCACAAAUUCGGAGAUAGAUUUAAUACCUCUGGUCGUGGAUCACUGACCGAAGAACGGCCUAAGCGUGUGGAGAAUCUCCUCAAAGAAAUAAGUAUAGAAAUAAGAGAUGGGCUUGAACAAUUGGAAGACUCUGAUGAUGAUAGCAACAGUUCUAUUGAAGAUUAUGAUCAAACUGAAGGUUAUGUUACUGCCAUGGCAUUGGACAUUGAUGCUGAAUCUGGAAAGUCAUUUGGGAAAGUCGUGAUCCAGGAUUGGCCUUCUACAUCUUCCAACAGUUUCAACAGCAAUAUUUUGAAGAGCAGCAUCGAUUUCUUAAACAUGCGCAAUAUGAUUGAAGCAAACAACAGAGAACAAGCUGAGGGGGAUGGUCGGCAGUUUGACAUCGGGUGCGAAACCAUGGAGCAGCGAGGUCCUGAAUGUGAAACAUAUGGUGAUCACCUUUUCGCAGAAUUUGGAAAGAGUGCCAGUGAGCAUUUAGAUGCAACAACUAAAGAUGAGAUGCUUUACUCCAAUGAUGUGGCACCUAAUGCAUUUGUGCUUCCCUCAGGAAGCUGGAGCACCGGACACGAUGCUCGAUUGGAUGCAAGGAAACCAACCAUAGAUCAAGAAUUCGAGCAAUAUUUUUCCAUGCUGAUGCUGUAGCAAGCAUCGUAAACUAUUAGCAAUCAUGUAAUUUUCGGAUGACAAAGAUUGUAUCGGGUAGAAUAAUGUUGGUGUUCUACAAUUGGUAAUUAUGUUGUAACGUAGUUCUCCUUUAUCUCA